AUGGAGCUGAUGCAAGAAUUUGUGUUUGGGCUUUGGCGUCUCUGGAAAAACAGGAAUGAUUUAAUUUUCAAAGGAGUGUCCCAUAAACCCCUUGAUAUUCUCGGGCUCUGGACGAGGAAUCUGGGCGAGUUCAGGGCGGCGGGAUUUCAAAGAACAACAAGCGCUCAACCUACUGAUAGACUGUCGUCCCUUGUUCCGGCGAGAAGAUCCGGACUGUGGACAAAGCCGGCCUUCGGCACUAUCAAGGCGGCGGAGGGCUCGGGAGGGAGACUAUGCCGUAGUGUUGCAGCAGCUGAGAUGUUAGCAAUCCGCACUGCUUUGGAAUUCUGUGUUCGUUGUGGUUUCAAUUCAAUGGCCAUCGAAUCAGAUGCUAAAAGCAUAAUCCAAAUGCUUCGGAAUGAGACUACUCCUGACUUUAGUUUGGAAUGUAUUUUUGGUGACAUCGUGACUCUAGCUCGUGGACUGGAGUCGGUAACUUACGAGUUUGUUUCUCGGGAAAGUAACCGUGCGGCGCACUCGGUGGCCAAGUAUGUUUCCAAGAAGGAAAGGAUUUUGUCUGGGACCAUAUUGGGCCUGAUUUUCUGUUUAAUAUUCUGGCUCAGGAUGUAA